GCGGCACAGCAUCAGGCGGCACAGCAUCAGGCGGCACAGCAUCAGGCGGACGCAGCAUCAGGCAGGCACAACGUAAAUGCUGUGUAUUCCCAUCCGUACUUCCAUGGUUCUGUCACUGAGAGGAGGCUCCUGGGUCCACCACCGCCCCUGCAGGGUCCUGGGGGCACCACCAUCUUUGGACGAGCCCCUGAGCGCGCACCAUUCCCUGGGAGAUUCCCUGGGGGCGCCGCUGUCCCUACAAGUGAUCCUAGAAACGCCGCCGCCCUGGGAGGGCCUCUGGGGUACCACUGCCCUGGGAAGUCCCUGGGGCACCGCUGUUUGGGGGCGCCACUGCCACUGGGAGGGCCCCUUGGGGUGCCACUGCCCCUGACAAGGUCCCUGGAGAACCACCGCCCCUGGAGGUUCCCUGUGGGCGCCACCGCUCCUGGGAAGGCCCCUGGGAGGCCUACUGCCCCAGGGCCAUCCUCCUGGCAGGACCCUGUGGGCGCCACCCCUUGGGAGGGCCCUGGGGUGCUGCUGCCCAUGUGCGGGGCCCCAGAGACACCACCGCCCUGGAAUGUCCUCUGGGGUACCACCGCCCUAGGAGGUUCCCUGGGGCGUCUCUUCCUCUAA